AUGGGCGUCCGCCUCGGAGAUAUACGGGGGGGAAAUACGUCCUCGUCGACAGCACAUUCCGCAGACGCAUCUGCGUCACAACAGGACGACACCGACACUUGGGUGUCCGAAGCCGCUCACAUUGUAAACACCACGAUAUCCAAGCAUCGGAGGACGCUAAUAGUGGUAUUCACUUUCGGGGCCGCCGAAGAAGAUGAAGUAUUGCCUCCCGCGGAUGUGGAGGGAAGGAUCACGCUCCUCUGCGCUGAGGAUAACCCGGUCAAUCAGAGGUUUCUACAUGUGUUCCUCAGCAGGCAUAACCAGGACCACGAAAUGACAGAUAAUGGGCUUGACGUCGUGGAUGCAUGCAUGGCAGAGCCUGAGCGCUUUCGCUGCAUCUUGAUGGAUAUCACCUUGCCCGACAUAAACGGCAUAGAAGCCACGCGCCGCAUCCGCGCAUUCGAGGACACGCGGCGGGACCUCCGCCGGGCCGUCAUCGUGGGGCUCACCGUCCACUCUGCCCUGAGCCCCCAUCUGAGCCUCUCGGCGGGCGCCUUCGACCUCUUUGACGCCCUGGUCACGAAACCGUUUUCUCUUGGAACGGUGGGCCAGAUGCUGUUUGGCGGCCCGGAUACCAACCUCGUUGCAUUGCACGGCAGCCUAACCCCCCAGGAGAUGAGGCAGUACCCUCUGCGCCAGAGAGAUAGUCGCCUUUUUGGCGACUCUCCGCGCGAGAGAGCCGUCGUUGAGGAGUUGAGGCGGAUGAAGGAGCGGAUGAACGGGCAGAUAAAUGAGCGGAGGGAAAGAUUUAAUGACUACCAAGUCAAUGUUAGAAUAAGGGUCAUUAAGAAGGAAAAGAUGGCAAGCUAA